GAGACAUGUUGUGCAGGAGCUGACCCAACCACUGAGUCUGAGCUGCAACCGACACCAAACUCUCGCGAUGCUUCGCGAAGUCUCGUUCCAUCUCUCAGGAUUGGAACAAAAAAAAAAAAUCGGGCUGUGAUCACAUCUCAGAAUCACACUCAGCUGACGCGGCGCUGGAGGAAAUAGGGCGCUGCAGCCAUGACGCAGAGGUGAGUGUGAAUCCAUGGACACUCCUGUGCAUCACUCUCCUGCCGUGCACCAGCAUCAUGAGAAGCCAACUCCCACCACGCGCUCUGCUAUAGCGGCUGUUUAUUUAUCGCCAUGGUGAGAGGCAGCUUCUGGACCUUGACUCUGUUGCCAUGGUGACCCCGUAGCAAGAACCCUGGCGAUCACAUAAAAAGAAAAAAACCCCAGAUAACUAUUGUCAAUCUGCUGCCAUGGCGAUGCUGUAAUUGGUGACCCUGUAACAAAGCAACAGUCGCCAUGGGAACGUCCAGGAUGUUCCGCAUUUUUGUCGUCCUGGGCUCGGCCUUCAUGAUCCUCCUCAUCAUCAUCUACUGGGACGACGUGGGAGCGUCUCAUCUGUAUCUGCACACCCCCGUGUCGCCAGGCCCCAAGAUCCCACACCCUCCCCCCAAGCAGCGGCCUCAAACCUCCCGACCCCCGUCCUUCCUCUCCGACAUCGAUGCCUUCGUUAAUCAGUUCUUAGAGCCGGGAACUGGUGAGCCCACGGACCCCGCCCCUGCCGACACAGGCAACCAAUCAGAUAAAGCAGAAGAGCGAUAUGUACCACGACGGGAGUGGAAGAUUCACCUGACGCCAGUGGCAGCGGAGCUCCGUGAGAGACAGGAGCAUCGGCGGAAGUUACUGCAGGAGAUGUGCACUAACGACAGUGUGUCGUUUCCCGGCAAAAACCGCUCAUUUGACGACAUCCCCAACAAGGAGCUGGAUCACCUUAUCGUGGACGACAGGCACGGCAUUAUCUACUGCUACGUCCCCAAGGUCGCGUGCAGCAACUGGAAGCGGAUCAUGAUCAUCCUCAGUGAGAGCCUGCUGCACGACGGUGUCCCCCAGAGAGACCCUCUGGCCAUCCCCAGGGACCUGGUGCACAACAGCAGCAUGCACUUCACCUUCAACAAGUUCUGGAAACGCUAUGGAAAGUUUGCUAGACACCUCAUGAAGGUGAAGCUGAAGAAGUACACCAAGUUCCUCUUCGUGCGGGACCCCUUUGUGCGUCUCAUCUCUGCCUACCGGAAUAAAUUUGAGCUGCGCAACGAGGACUUUUAUCGCCGCUUUGCGCAGGUCAUGCUCCGCCGCUACGCCAACCAGCCGACACCUCCUGCCACUGUGGACGAAGCAUUCGCCGUGGGCAUCCACCCGUCCUUCUCCCACUUCAUCCAGUACCUCUUGGACCCUCAGACAGAGAAGGAGAUGCCCUUUAAUGAGCACUGGCGGCAGGUGUAUCGACUUUGCCAUCCGUGCCAGAUUCAGUAUGACUUUGUGGGCCACUUGGAGUCGGCAGAGGAGGAUGCUGAGCACCUACUCCGUCAGCUGCGUGUGGACAACGUGGUGGAGUUCCCCACCUCCCACAGAAACCUCACAGCCAGCAGCUGGGAGGCCGAUUGGUUCAACACGGUGCCUGUUGAGGUGCGGAGAGAACUCUACAAGCUGUACGAACCCGACUUCAGGCUUUUUGGCUACGAGAGACCAGACUCGCUCCUCAAUGAGUGACUCUGGUUUCUACUCCAUGAACAGACAACAUGUUUUCUAAGUAAUGAAGUGAGUGACACCUCUGUUCUCCAGUUUUGUCUAUUCUACACUGAAUGUCCACAUCAUUAGGGACACCCACUUCUCAAAGAAAAGCACAGUAAUGAAGUGAAGCCCGGUAACAGCCAUUAUCCAUCAUUCCUUUCCUUUUUAAAUCACAAAGAUAAAGAGAAGCACACAGGUUAGAGUGCAAACAGCAGGUGUCCCUAACAUUAUGCACAUUUAUUGUUGCCCUUAACUCAAAACUCUGCACCGAGUGUCUUGCGCGCUCAACGUUGAUGUCACACCACGCUUGCGAUUUGAUCAUGCAGGCUUGUAGCAGGACAUGGCAGAGAAACCUCGACAAAGUGAUGUCACAAAGCCACGCACCACAUUUGUGGUGUCGCUGAAACCCUUUUGGUUCGUGACGUCGCCACAAACGCAUUGGAUUUGUCACUUGAUUGGUUUUUAUUAUGUAGUUGCACUAGAGUGUUAUCAGAUAAUUUAUUUCACGUUGUGCAAAGUGCAAUGUUUGUGUUGAGCAUGAGAGGGAUUUUUAUGUUGAAAAUCUUGUUGAACGCUGUCGGCAUCAGAAACAGGUCGAAAUCAUACCUCAUACACAGAUUGAAAAGAUCAUGUGCUAAAUAACACAAACUGCUCCACCUCAAAACAUGAAGCCUCCUGCUUUUUCAGACCAAUUAUGUUUCAGCAUGAAGAAGUCCAUCAAAUUGUGUGGUCGGAAUCAUUUCUGACAAUAUUUCAGCAGCUUGCUUCCUGUGACACAUUCUGGGCAUGUUGUAACACAGUUGUCUCAUCGAGGAGAAGCACAGCAGCUCCAGCUAACACUGGACUGAGGAGCUGGUUUUGUCUCAGCUUGUCUUUGAGACACAAAGCUGGAGUUUCAACAUUCUUUUGAUUCACCUCAGCCGUGCAUCCACAGACGACACCGUGUGUGUAAACCAGAUUUUCCAAAAGGGAACGUUUUCUUUUAUUGCCUGUUGUUGUCGUCUUUGUGUUUUCAUGCACAAACUGCAGUUGUUGACGCUGAUCUAUACUGGAUAACCCUGGAGACUGCAGUCCCUCCACACCCUGAAUAUGAUCAAUGUUUGUAAGGGCAGCAUUUUAAUGGGACGCAGUGUUUUGUAGCAAGGAGAUGAACUCAGAUGAACUCACAGACAGAGUCUUAUUGAGCAGGUACAAUGCUAAUGCGUUGCUGUGAGCAUACGUCGUUCUACAGGUCGGUUCAGCAUUUUAAAUCCAAGUGUAAAGUCGGUGCAAGUUGAUGCUACAGUCAGUAUUAAUGUCUGAGUCUUUAAAGGGGAAUUCCAGUAUUUUUCACCCCGGGCCCAAUGUUUAUAAAUGAAUUGUGCUUACAAUUCCAGUAGAUUGUCUCAGUGGCUACAAUUAAAUCUUAUGGGCCAACUGUGACAGUCCAUGAAAUGUCCACUAAAAUGGCUUUUAUUUCACCAUUGAAAAGCUCAAGUCAACAAGUCCCAAGUGAAAAAUCCUCCAACGUGGUCGCACAGCGUUGUGUCGGAUGGUCUCGUCUGUGGACACAUCAAGACCUCCAAUAUCGUGCAUCACCAGGUCCCACUCUCUGCAGCAUAGAUAUUCUUCCUCUGUGGACACAGGGUCACAGGAUCCAGAGUAACGCCACAAGUUUCCAGAGCUUUGCAACCUUUCUGCAGAUCGUUGUCCUUCCUCUGCUACAUCUUGAAAAGAUUUAGCCAUAUUAGUUUGUCUCCAACUCUCAUGUUCCUGACUCUUGCAACAAUCUAAGAGAAUUGAAAGUGAGUCAAUGAGUCAUUGAGGGAGACUCUUAGCAAAGACAUGGAAUAACAAUUUGAACCUUUAACAGUUGUAUUGUUAUUGUCGACAUUUUGUGGACUGUCGCAGUUGCCCCAUAGGGUUACAUUGUCGCCACUCUCUUUGUGCUUUGCUGCUGCUGCUGGUGCAGACAGGACUGGACCAUUUCCAAAAGUGCCAUGCUUCAACACACCCACAUUUAUUAACAUAGGCCCAGGUUAAAAAUUCAAGUUAAGGUUUGCUCAUGGUUAGAGCCAGGUUAAAUCCUUAUACGAUUUAUAUGAAGAGUUGGAUGAGAAGAUAGUGCCUUUGGUUGCAUACGUUUACACAGCAAAAAAGUAUUUUUGUAGAAGGACUUAAUUUUUACACAAUACAGUGAGAAGCUGUAUGAGGUCUAUUCCAUGCACUGGGCCUUGUUGUGUGUGAUCAUAGGAAAUAAUAGAGCCCUCAGCCGAUUUGCCUGAAUCCUCUUUUCAGUGGUUGUAUCCAGUGGAUUGUGUCAUUUACCACAGUGGAUUAUUGUGUGGUUUGUACUGUACCGGAUGUCAUGGACAUGUUUGUGCCAUGUUGUUGUGCAAGUCACUAAGAUGCACAUGUUCGCACGCUGUCGUCUCACUGCCUUUUGGUUUAUUUCUUUUCUAUGAGUGUGAGACUGUUGUUUUUUAAAUUUUAAUCAAACCUUAUUAAACGUCAGAGUCUGUUCCCCCCUAGAAAAAAGAAAACACACCUUUUUAUCCCACACUCACCUUACCAGUGUUUGGAUCGCCAAGUUUAUUGUAUUUUCAUAUCUCUUUUGUAUUUUUGUUAUGUUCUUUUAUUGUAUUUUCUUAUGUGACUAUCCAUAUGUUUUUCUCUGCUGUGCAAACGACAAGACUAUAAAAUGGAAUAAUUUUGUAAGGCAAAAAAACCCCCACUGUUUAUUUAUUAACAGAAUAAAAUCUAUGAGUACAUUCUGCUUUUGUAACGAGGAAAUCAAUCGUCGUGGGCUUAUUAAGCUCAAAGUUUGAUGGCCGAUGUGUUUACCAUCACAACGUUACUGCUCUGAACAGAUGAAAUGUUUGUUGAAGCUGCAGCACCAAACUCUGUCCUACAUUUUGACCUCAUUCCACAUCCUAACAUCAAAUAGUGGCACACAGCAAUGUCUGUUUUUGUAAAACAGGCAUUGUUCCUCCUCCCGUUCUUGGGGGAAAUGCAAAGUAGCAGUUUCAUCUGUAUCAUGACGCCAUUCAUCGUCUGGUCUUUGUUUUAGAGAAAUAAAGGUGGUGGGGCAUGAAGGAGGAUUUAUCAGUCUGUCUUUGUGCACGUCACUUGUCUCAAAUGAAUAUAACUAAUUAUUUAUUCUCAGUUUUAUUAUACUGGCACUAAAUUAAUAUUGACCUGCCACAUUAGCAUAUUAUCAGAUGUGCUCAGAGAACAAUUCAUCACGGUGUUGUCUCGGGAGGCGUGAAUCAGAACAGUCACAUUGUGUGGUGAGGAGUGACAUGAAGUCCUGCUGGAGGCGGGGGAGGAAAAGUGUCCAGAUAACACCAUUAUCAUUGGAGCAUACGGAAAUGUCAACAGGAAAUACCAACUGCUCCUUUGUAAAGAUGAGACUUGUGGGUGAAUGAGCUCGAAAAGGAUCAUAAACAUCGCUGCUAUUCACAUACUGGAGGUACGUCUAAGACAAUCUAUGUAGUAAUUCCCCAAAUGUGUGUCUGUCGGUCUGUAUGUGGAACGCAUAUCUCGUGAACUGUCAAUCGUAUCGGCUUCAUGCUGUGUACGUCUAUUUUAAAUUUUAUUAAAAAUGUAUUUUGCAGACGACCAGCGCUCUGUAGCUGUCAGUGGGGGUGGGGCAGUUUCCCUACAGACUGAGUUAAACCUGUCUUCUUCUAUGUGUUACAGUGUCUAUGUGUUUCUAUGGGAUACAGCAGCCGUGCGAAACUGGUUCAAAGUAAAUCGUUGAAACUUAUAUAAAAGCCACACACUAGAACAGUAAUAAAGCAAAUUCAGUUUAAUUUGAUGGAAAACAUUGUCAAUAAAAUCUUACUUGCAGACAAA